GUGGUGCGGCGCGGAACUCAUUUUGAAUCUGCACACGACAUGAUGAAUUGCUCUUGUGGCCCCGUCAAUGCUACCACUGUGAACGAUGCUAUGCGCCGCAUCGCAAUAGUAACGAAUGUGAUCAUCCUGGUGCUGGGUACAUCUGGCAAUGGGUUGGUGAUAUGGGUCAUAGCCAUGCGGGGGAAGCACAAAACCUUGACCUCCAUCUGCUACUUGAAUCUGGCAGUGGCAGAUUUCUUCUUUUCUCUCGGCCGGAUCCCGGCCCUGGUGCAGGAGCUCAUGCACUGCUGUUGGCCCUUCGGACUUGCCCUGUGCAAGCUUCAUGCCUUUGCUCGCUACCUCGUGGUCUUUGCUGGUGUCUUCAUCCUCACGGUCAUCAGCGUAUACCGGUGCUUGUUGAUAGCAAGGCCUGUUUGGGCUCGAAACCACCAAGGACCUUGCUAUCAAAAACUGAUGUGCAUCGGGGCAUGGAUUCUCGCCUUUGCCUUCAGUGUCCCCUAUCUGGUGGUCCGUGAUAUUGAAGUCAAGAAUGGAGCGACCUACUGCGUCUAUCGGAAAGAUCUCAAGAAGUCCACGGAACUGCCCUUGAGGCUGAGUAGAUUCUUUGCGGGGUUCCUUGUCCCCUUCAUCAUCAUCUUCUCCUCCUAUUUGGUUCUGAUUUUCAAGCUUCGCGGACGGAGUUGGAAACAUUCCCAUCGAACCUUCUCUCUGGUGGCCACCAUCGUCGCCCUGUUCUUUAUCUGUUGGCUGCCCCAUCACAUCUUUGUAUUUGUCAGCACCAUAUCAAGUGAAAAGGAUGGAUGGGGGGUUGGCCUCAAGCUCUCAAACGCCCUGGCGUAUCUCCACAGCUGUGUCAACCCUGUGCUGUAUUGCUUUGUGGGCUACGUACGGGUUAGAAGUCUCCAUCAUCAAGCUUCCUUCUUGGGAUUCUUCCGCAAGGCACUGACUGAAGAGGAUGACAGCUCUCUUGCGGCAGAAACGUCACGAAGCCUUAAUCAGAAGACCUAAGGACCUUCUGUGUUCUGGUUCCACGGGGAAGGCUUCUGGCUACUUCCCACACUCUCAGAAAAUAUGGAAGUUGCAGCACGACAUUUGCCAGUCAAGACACAUGGCUUCAAUGUUGGACUUCUAACCUCAAUUAUCCCCUGUAUUGGAACUCCUGGUUCUGAGGAAUUCUCAGAAAAAAGGGAGCGCCAUGGGCUCCCUUCCUCCAUUGGGCCAGUGUCCUCUCGCUCUGUUUCUCAACUCCUAUUAAUUAUUGUCUUAAAGAAGGCAGAUAAUAAGAAGAUGGGGGCAACUGAUACACUCUCUUCUAGCUGUUCACCCCUCUCAGUAGCAAAAAGAGGAAAUGAUGGAGCAAAAAGGUACAGGUGGCCAACAGUGGCCAUUUAGAUGUCUGUACAGGUGUCUGUCUGUCAAGUAGAACUCUCAGAACGGAGAAUUAUGGGAUCUGUAAUCCAAGAAAUUUUAAAAAAUCUUAUCCCUAGCAUACACCUUUUUAAAGCCCAACUAGAGAGGGAUGGCUGCGUAGAAUAACUUAUAUCCCACAUGUUUGUGCUUUGAGAGAGAGAUAGAGAGACACACACAGUUUGUGGUUCACUCCAGGCUUCUGGAAGGUGGGGAAUUUUUAAUUUAGUGUCCACUGAGGUUGGAUUAUGGAAAUCCCACCUCCCAUGCUUUAGUCUGGAAUAUCUUUUCUUUUCCUGUGAAGUCUGCCCUGUUGGUGGUGUUGAACUGAGUUUCUGAAAUUCAUCUCUUCCUCCCCCUUUACUCCUGGAAUCAAAUUAAGGGGAAGCGUAUUUCUGAUCAUGUACUGAAUAUCCGUCUUUAUAGGGGAGACAGAAGAACAGUUUUCAAACAAAUCCAUAAUUUCUCUACAGGGAAGGGACACAGAAACCGUGAAGUCAGCAUUAAUUUUGCAGAGACCCAUAUAUCUUGUCUCUGGCUUUGGCCUUGCCUGUCACUCGUUCCCUACUUUUAGCAGGUCAGUUACUGAGGUUAAUUUGCACCAGGUUGUAGGGAAAUUCACAGGUCGGUGUUAUGGGUGUAUGUGACUCACUGUGUUUACCCUCGGCCAUCUGCAGAUGGAGAGGUUCAAGUUACUGAGGCCCAUUUUCUAAAGGUCACCUUCUUAUCUUCUCAUUCCAACCCUAAGAAACAAUAUACAGUCUAGACAACCUCUUUCUAAUAA